AUGAAAUAAAAGGGCAAAGCUAAUAAAAGUAAGAACGCUUAAACAGACCAUCAAACCAAGAAAGAUGCUCUUGCAAGAAUCAAAAUUACAGAGGAUGUUUACGAAAUACUGGCUUAUACUACAAAUGAAGACAAUGACAUUAGGUUAGCAGCAGCUUCCUAACUAUGUCCUUGUAAGGUUUAAGAGGAUGUUCCUGAAUUUUGGACCAGAAUCUUUCAGCUAGCCGAUGAUCCUGACCCAAGAAUUAGAUCUAGAAUUCUCCAUAUUAUUUGCGAUGGCUCUCCUAACAGAUUGUAAAUAGAAGUUAUGGAAGCUCUAGAAAAGUUCAAUAGGGACUCAGAUUCUGAGAUUAGAAGAUAAGCACAUAAAGUAUUAGCCAAAGCCUAAAAAGGAACAUGGAAUGUGUUAUGA